CGCCACACGCUCUGCGCCGGGACGGGACGGGGACGGGGUAAGGUGGAAAGGGAAAGGGGACGGGGAGGGAAGCGAGAGCGGGGGGUGGGGAGAGAGCUGGAGCCGGAGUUGGAGAUUUGGUUGCUGCUGCUGCUGCUGCCGCUGCUGGUGGGAUCGAUUCUGGAGCCGGUUUGCGUCGAACCUCGUGCACCUGUGGGCACGGGUGGCGGUUGAGGAAUUUCAUGUCUGCGGAUUACAGCUGCGCCAGUUUUCCACAUCCUCGUAUGCGAGGGAGGUGGUAAAGCUCGGUUGGAUUGCUCUGCCCUGCUCGGCUCUGCCCUCCUGCUCGUGCCCUGCUGCUGCUGCGAGUGACAGUUUGAUUGCCCCGCAUAGACAUAUGACGCAACAACUUCCAGCGGCUCUUCGGCAUUCCAAUUGCUCCCUGUGGUUGCCUCAUGCCGCCGGGGGGUGCCGAGCGGGAGUGGGAGCUCGAGGAAUUCUUGUUUCACCGCCACAUUCGUCCAGACUCUCUCCAGUAAGUCUAGUAUGUUCGAAUGGACGUAAGAAUUUCAAAACAAGGGCGAGUCUGUGGGACUCUCUCAGAUCGGGAUUGCUGAAAACCAGUCCCCCUCCUUCAACCGAACCUUCUGUGCUCGAUGAUGAGGAGGACCCAGAGCCCGAGGCAGAUGAAGUUGUGCUGGUCGAGAAGGUGCAGAAAGAUGGUACCAUAGAGAAGAUUGUAUUUACCUCUGGAGGAGAGGUCGAUGUUUUUGAGCUCGAGCGACUUUGCACGAAGGUAGGGUGGCCAUGGAGACCACCCUCCAAAGUGGAAGCAGCACUAAGGAACAGCUACAUGGUAGCCAGCUUAUACUUGCACAAGCAGACCCCAUCGACAGAGGAGGGAGGAGAACCAGUUGAGAAGAGAGAGCUGAUUGGAAUGGCACGGGCAACAUCAGACCAUGCUUUCAAUGCGACCAUUUGGGAUGUGCUUGUCGACCCAUUAUUUCAGGGACAAGGACUCGGGAAAGCCCUGGUGGAACAAAUGGUUCGAGCUUUGUUGCGUAGGGACAUCGGCAACAUCACGCUCUUUGCAGAUGCUCAAGUCGUGGAUUUCUACAAAACCCUAGGUUUUCAAGCAGACCCUGAGGGCAUCAAAGGAAUGUUAUGGGUGAAAAGCAAGUCUUAAUUGGGAGUUAGCUAACAUGAUUCACUUGCGAUUGCUUGCUAUUUGCAGUCGUGGAUUUCUACAAAGGUCUAGGCUUUCAAGCUGAUCCUGAUGGCAUCAAAGGAAUGUUUUGGUACCCACGAUAUUGAAAACCUGUCUCACUUCAUUCGGCUUAGAUGUGCAACAGAAAUUCCGAGCACCAUUGUAUCCUGUGUAGAAGCUAUUCUUAUCGGGCACUCACCUGUAGUUCCAGAGGAGGUGGGCCUUGAGACUGAACUUUCGUAAAUUAGUAAUCGGUUGUCCCGGACUCUCGGGCAACUUUUACUCUACGGCACUGGAUAGUCUGUAGUUUGUACCAUAAGUGCCAUUAUUGCAUUGUACCUUCUUGACUGCUUGCCUCUUCAUGGAAUACAGUGUCCGCGGGCUGUAACCACAUUCGUGACGCCUGCAGAUUUGCCUUUCCUGUGGAAUAGCAGAAGACCCGUCUUCCAAAAUUCAGAAGUUUUUUUUCCAUUCGAUCUGUUUCUUGAGCAUUGAGCUCGCGUUAUCCAAGUCUGCAACCGCCACUCUCUGAAUCGGGACGACAAAGUGAAUCGUUUCUGCCUGCUCCGCACAGUUGCACAGCAAAACCCCGAGUCAAUGCAAUACUGGGGAGAAGUGGUUUCCCCUUUAUCAGUCACGUUUAUUUGAAUGGAACGUCACCAUCACAAGAGCGGAUAAGGAAACCCUGACAACCACUUCCACUGGUAUCGCAUGAAUGUACCUCUCAACCAUGCCAACGACAUGGGCUACUAAAGCCGCGUGUGCCGCCCCGCCAAACGAGGAGGAAUCGAUGGUGCCCACCAUUGCGCCUACGCCGGAAAGAUAGAGGG